AUGGGGCUUUCGAAUUUCCCAACCCCUUCGGAAGGGGUACUCCCCCUGCUAGUGGUCAACACGGUUCUCUCAGUUGCCCUGCUUAAGAACAUGGUAAGCUCUCUGCUUCACUGGAUUGUUACUUCUCCAAUUAGAUUUUACGAGAAUCACGAAGACAAUGGAAUCGGAAGGAUUAGAAUCGGUAGUAGUAGAAGGAGGGGAAGAAGAAUAUCCAUUACGCAGUUCAGGGCAUUGAGUGGUGGCGGAGGAGGAAGGAGUGCUUGGUUGGCUACGACAGUGGAGUGUUGUGUUUGCUUAUGUGGGUUUGAAGCUGAUGAGGAAGUGAGUGAGCUUUCUUGCAAGCAUUUCUUCCACAAAGGUUGCCUGCAGAAAUGGUUCGACAACCAGCACACUACUUGCCCACUCUGUCGAUCCGUUGAGUAG